GGCUCGUUCUAUUGAAGCUAAAUGAAGGCAUACGCUCUCCGAACCGGUGUCCGUUUGGCGCGCAUUUUACAGGUCACAGUAUAUUGACUUGACUUACAAAUAUUAUGUUUUUAUGCAAACCACCGUUGUAUACCCACAGUCCUUGUGAUACAAAGAUACGGAUAAGAGAGACUGGCUGUUACCACUUGCCGACUGUAUCGUUUCCGAUAGCAGUUGGAUUUCAAUCAAUCCAAUGUACCUUUAUUCAAGGGCAAGAUAUGGCGCAGAAGUAUGCUGUUUACUACGACAUGAAUGUUGUCUUGAAGGGCGCAGCAAAUGCACGACAUGAAAGCGUAUUAGUAAUAUGUUCUGCUGUUGCUCCCUUGUGAGAUCUGACAUUUGGACCACUUCUCAAUGAUUCCAGACCUUGUUUAGAUAUAUUAUAUAUUAUACUUGUUUAUAGAGCUAACAAAUUCGCGUAAAUUAAGUAAUUUCACGGGCACCUCGGAGUCCUUGGUUAUUCAACGCUGAUGGCAUACUGAUGCGGAGACUAAAUUUAGUAUGGUCAGACUUUUAAAUAUUUGAACAAACGUCAAACCUAUUUCAAGUAGCUUUGAGUAGGGCUUUUGUUAUCCUUAUCAUGCACUCUUCGUUGCAAGGUAUUAGAUUGUGGGCGGAAAACCAUCAUAAUUGUGCGCGUAGCAAGAACGGGCAUUUAUAUGAUACUGAAACAAUUCACUAGAAAUGCCUCUAGCUCUACCUAAAAGGAGCUAUUGGACAAUAUAAUUAUUUCCUGCACGCUGAGGUUCGCAAGCGUAACUUGCUGCCAGAGAUUUUUUGGCAAAACUUUUCAUCAACGUUCAACUUCAUUGUUCGUUAUCGAACAUUCAAGCCACUCGCACGUUCUGGUUUCUAUUAGUUUCGUAAAAAUUUUGCCUGUUUACUAGCAACAGUCUGUGUAUACGGUUUAGGAUAAUUAGAGGGCCAAAAUUUGACGAGUCAGCUUUCUUCGUUUUUAGUGGAAGAUUGAUGCAAAUGCAUUAAUAACGGUGUACGUGAGUCAGUAAGCAGAAGAAAGCUAUCAAACGACCGUCGCAGCGUUGCUUUGACAAACGAAUUGCGGUUUUAGAAGCGGAGACUUGGCCUGAUGCGAUUACAAAAUAGAAUGUAACGGUUUAUACUAGAGUUGUUUAUUUAUUAAAAAUUGUUUCAUCAUUCAAAUGAAGAAUAAAAUAUGAAUCAUUUUCCGGAGCUGAACAUUUCUGACAAUGUUAACAAGUGCAUCUGUUUUCAAACGACCAAUUGCCUCGUCUCUUGGACAGCUUGUUGUUUCAGUUUGUAUCGAUUUUGUUACUACCCGAAACAAGCCUAUUUUAGGCUUUUUCAGUUUCUAACUGGCGCUAUCGAGUAAAGUCGGACCUAUGUUUAGAAGCAUCCCUACCAGUGCUGAAUGCUGCAAUGUCCGAGGCUAGCGUUUGUCUUUGAAUGCUUCCGAUAUUGUGAUUCUUGGUGAACGCAUUAAUUGGCACCGUAUUGUAAAAGUCCAUGCUAUUCUGCAGGUACGAACCUGUUGCUCGGUAGCAUCGACUUAAUGACGUUGCUCACGUUGGCAGCCAGUUACUGCGGUGUCGCGAUAAAUAGGAGCGAUACGGGCAGCGCUGUUACGCCAGUCACAUUUAAUCAUCUGUUGGGAGAAGAUCAGUUGUCCAGACAAAGUACAGACAUCUUACAUUAUGCCGCAACGGUACAUAGCCAUCAUUGCCAAGAGCAAUUAGGAGACGACGAAAUUUAAGGUGCCACAGGAGGUUCUACUUGGUCUGGUUGCAACGCGUACUAAACCAUGAAUACACCCUCUUAAACAAAUUACGAUACCAUUUAUUUAUUAGACGCCUCAUAUCGCUCACUGAGUGAUCAAGGUUUGCAUUCCCUUAGCGGGAAAUGUUUUUGUGAUGAGCUUAGUAACGGAUAGGAAGAACGUGGCCUUGCUAGCAGCUGGGCAAACUAGGGCUAAUAACCAGGAUGCCCAUCCUGUUUUCGUUUCACGCCAACCACCGAGAUUUUCCCUCAGACUCUGAGUCGGACGAUUCGGACUUCGUUUGUGAGCCAACGAGGACAGCUGCGUUGCGUGACGAUAGCUUAAGCGAGUCUGACAGCUCAAGUGAUACGUGUGUAGCUAAAGCCACACCUGAAGCAAAACUUGUUAAAACAGUUAGAGAAAGACAGUUGCCUACAAUGGACAAGGAGGUUAACAACGAGUCUGAUAAGGCAUCGCCCGCGUCGCUAGAUAAUGGGGCCGCAUCGUCUGCGUGCAGUCCCGUUCUGGCCCGAAGUCCCGACACCACGACGGCCACUCCGACGGCUGGAGACGUCAACGAUGAAGAAGACGAUGAAGAUGAGGAGGACGAAGACGAAGAUGGAAAUCACUCGAGUUCGCCUGAAGAUCAUAGCAUUGUCGGGACUAAGACACCGAAAGUCGCCAAUGAGGUCGUCCAAAAUCAAGCAGGCUCUUCACCAGCUCAGCUUGGGAAAAAGCCUGAAACGAAAUUACAGCUGGUAAUACCUAAGAAACGAAAGCAUUCGAAAAAAGAUAAGGACGAAAAGGUUAAGAAGCGUGGCCGUCGUAAGAAGAGCAUUAUGGUGGCAGAGAAUGUUGAAGGAUCAAAUUCUCUCAAACUUGUUCUUAAGAAAAAGCCCGAAGUUUCCGACCCUGUUUACAAUGGUCCCCCGCCCUGCGCACCGGGUUUAUGGAAUCGACAAAUACCUCGCGAGGUGCUGCUAAAAAUUUUCCGGCACGGCGUUGAAAAAUUUGGAGUCCUACCUUUCCUCAUCACCGUUCGAGAAGUUUGUCCGGAAUGGAGGGCUGUUGCGGAGGACGUGUCCUUAUGGGAGAAGGUGGAUAUGUCAAUAGUCAAGGUGACGGAAGCGCAGUUAACACGGUGGGCCAGUUCCGGUAUGCUGAAAAGGGUGCGCGAGCUCAACUUGUCAAACUUCGGGCCAAAAAUAUCUCAUGGUACCAUCACGAAUGUGAUUAACAAUUGUCCUCGUUUAGAGGUACUUAAUCUUUCGUACAACAACAAGCUUUCCAUGGAGACGAUGGAAUAUAUCGUUAACAAAUGCGAUCGGCUACGCGGUCUCGACAUUUCGGGAACGACCAAGAACCGGGGCGCUAGUACUUGUUCGACGUGUGCACCAAAUGUUCUUAAGAGCCUUAUUAUCAAACGGGGAGAAAACCUCGUUCAGUUGUGCCUCGCGGAGAACGCUGUUGCCUCCCUGAAUAGCAUCCUCAACUUGAUACCUAGUUAUCUUUCGAGGUUACAAAUACUGGACUUGUCCAAUAUCACAAUGACCUGUUGUAUGAUCUUUCCGCUCGAGCGAAUCCAGGAGACGUGCUCCGACCUUCGGGUCCUUCGAUUAGCAAAUACACAGGUGAGGUUGGCAGCAACACCCCCAGCGGAGCAAGCCCGGUCACCUGGCUUCCCUUUGCUUGAAGAGCUUUCGAUAGCCAACCUUUUCGAUCUCGGUGAUUCGGCACUUGAGCGUAUCCUCAAAGCAUCCGAAAAACUCACACUAUUGGAUGUACGGAACUGUAAAGGCCUCAGUGUGUCGGGCCUUAUCAAGAUACCCGCCUGGGACCUAACGCAAUUGUACCUAGCCAAUUGUGAUGCAGCAACCAACCCUAAUGUUGAACUGAUCAUGAAUAAGUGGGCGCACAGUCUAAAAGUGAUCGAUGUAAGUUGGGUGUCGCAUGAUACGGCAAUCAACGCGGCGUUGCGCGCUCUAGCGACUCAUUCGGAAACGCCAUCGAGCGUUUAUGAUCUGGACUUGAAGGGUUCAUCGGUAUCAUUUUCCACGCUGAAAAUUGUCCUCGACCGGUGUCAGCGGCUGAGAAAGCUGAAUCUCACAUCCUGUCGUAGUCUGCCGCGAGGGAUUAAACGCGUUUUUGAAGGUCCUGCAGUGGUCGAACUGCGCACGCAGGUGUUAACCGGCAAGUUCGAUGAGAACGAGUGAAAUCUCAUCAUUGAAGCAACAGAGGUUGUCCAUCGCAACCAUGGCUCAACGAUGCAUCUCCAUUUCAAUGUUAACCUUCCGUGUAAAUGUGUUAGCACUGCGGAAGAGCCCCAGCGAACCAACUGCUACAAAGACUGGCUAAUUAGAGAAACGAUCGUCAAGUGAGCAGUGCAAGUUUGUAUGAUUUUGACUGUAUAUCAUCAUUAUUUCGCUAUCAUAUUACUUACGUAAGGGAGGUACCUAUAUAUAGAGAGGACGAUUGAAUAUAUAUAUAUAUAUAUAUAUAUAUAUAUAUAUAUAUAUAUAUAUAAACGCUCUUAAAGGCCUUUUUAGUCACUUCCUUUUAUUAAAAAGUACUUUUUCAUUCGAAGUUAUUACGGGGCCGUUUUCUCUCUUAAUUUGAACUCGAAACAAGGUACUUAUCAAUUUCGGGCUGGAUUUAGUACAACUAUAAUUUAUAGCCGCAAUGCUUAAGGCUGUAUUGUCUCUUCUCAACUAUGCAACACUCGAAAUUGGAGUCAACUCCAGACAUCCCAUCUAGUAUUAUAUAAGCACAUAAAUUUCAAGUGGCUUUAUGCACUACGUUGAGUUGUUCUACCUUACGUCAGUGAUAUUUCUUUCAAGGAAAUGUAUUUCAUUUUUAUGUUUGGUUUUCAACAGCAAAGAAAAAACACAAAAUAUAAAUAGGUGUCUCUGAAAGUGUUGUGGGCCAAUAGUGAUCGAUAAAGUCGGAUAAAGCUGACAGAUACUACAGGUACCAAGUAACUGACUACUCGACGGCUAGCAAUUGCAUCACUUUGGCUCCAGGAAUGCAUAAGAUAAACAUACAACCUAACUCGACUAAGUGCCACCCCGCCAUUCGUUUGUGUUCCCAGUGGUCUUUGAAAGGGAACUGCGUGGACUCGUGAUGCACUUCAAGGCUUGUUAAUUAGUUUGUUUGCAUCCAUUGUGUGUCACGUAUGUGGCCGGUAUUGUGUGCCUGAACCUGAAUGUUUGCAGGGCGGAAGCAAUUAAAAACUAUGUGGUGUGCAUGAAUUACUAGGAUUCUGUAUGUGAAAUGUAUGUUUGUGGUGAUGUGCUUGUGUUUCUGCAAAAUGUAGAAUGUGCGCAGUAUAAGAUUGUUGUACGCAUGACCGAUUGCACGACAAAGGGUAAUCGGCAAAGAAAAAUGAUGAUUCUGAUGGGGCUGAUGAGAGACCAUGUGAGAAUAUAGCUACAAAACAAGGACCGGAAAAGGUAACAGCAGAUGCAAAAAGAGGCACUACCACUUCGACUACUAGUACUAUAUGAACGUUUCAAGUUUUACAUUCAGUUCUGAAGCCGUUAAGCAUAGAUUCAGAUUAACAGCCACAUUUCAGAUGAAUUAUUGUAUGGAAAAUGUAAUGUAUUUAUGCGUGAGUACGAAUACAUGAAGGAGUUUACGAAGACGAUGGUCCAGUGA